UAAUGGCGGCUCUCGGUACAAGCGACGAGCAGCUUAGGGAGUCCGUCCGCGGAAGUCUUAAGUACUGGUUGGAAAAAUUGCGCUGCGCUGGAGAUGUUGAGAAGACGAUGGAGUAUAAGCGUCGUUUGGUGGAGAAGCUGAAACGAUCACGAGUUGCAGUUUAUACGGAGAAAGCAAAUGAACAACACUACGAAGUUCCUACGGAUUUCUUCAAACUGGUUCUCGGCAAGCGAAUGAAGUACAGCUGUUGUUACUGGCCAGAACAUGUCUAUAGUUUGGAUAGUGCCGAAGAUUCCAUGCUACAAAUGACAUGUAAACGAGCACAGAUCAAAGACGGUCAAGACAUUCUUGAUUUAGGGUGUGGAUGGGGUUCUACAGCAUUCUGGAUAUUAGAGCAUUAUCCGCGAUGCAGUGUGACGUGUGUUUCAAACUCCAAGACUCAAUGUGAGCAUAUCAUGCGGGAAGCGCUCAGACGAGGUAUCAUGAAUCGAAUCGAGGCGAUCACCAGGGAUGCAAACGUGUUUGAGGCAACACGGAAAUAUGACAGAGUUGUUUCAAUCGAGAUGUUUGAGCACAUGAAGAACUACCAAGUUCUGAUGAAAAGAAUUUCAAUGUGGCUGAAACCGCAUGGAAUGCUGUUUGUUCAAAUUCUGUGCCACCGCGAAUUUGCUUACGAAUUUAACAUCAAGCAGGGAUCUGAUUCUGAGUGGAUGAGUGAGCACUUCUUUACUGGUGGCACGAUGCCAUCAGACGACCUGCUGCUGUACUUCCAAGACAACUUGAAACUGGCAGAUCAUUGGCGUAUAAAUGGUGUGCACUACCAAAAGACGCUGGAUGCUUGGCUGAGCAUUUUGGAUUUGAAGCAACAGAAAGUGAAGGAAAUACUGCGGAGGGCUUAUGGUGUGCAGAAAGCGGAGUCGAGUGUAUUUGAUUGGCGGAUGUUUUUCUUAUACUCAUCAGAGGCUUUUGGAUUUUUGAAUGGAAGCGAAUGGAUUGUGUCUCAGUAUUUGUUCUCUAAUCCACCUCUUAGUUCUUUGUAAUACUUAUUAUUCUCUGAAACUGCAAUUGACGCUACGUUUAUUAAAGGCAUAGAAACACUUUUAGUGCAUGUGGACCAAUGGUCACAGAGUGACGUCAGUAAAACGUUUAGUGUGUAUAAAUACCUCUAACUGUGACCUCUAUCAGCUCCUUGCAAGUCUUCAGUCAUGUAUUAUCUAGAGAGCAUAUACAUUCUUUUCAGUGUUCUAUUUGGA